UCAUAAAUACUCAAGCUCUGUUUUCUAGUUUAUCAUUCCGUUGAUAGAUUUCACAGUGAUGAGUUUCUCCGGUAAAGUGGUGCUAGUGACGGGUGCGAGCUCCGGCAUUGGAGCAGCCACCGCCAUCUUGUUCUCUAAAGAAGGAGCCAGCGUCGCGAUUGUUGGCAGAAAUGAAACUAAACUCGGCAACGUUGCGCAGAAGUGCAAGCAACUGGGAGCACAACCCCUCGUCAUCAGAGCAGACGUUUCCAAUGAAAAAGAAGCCAGCACCAUCAUCGAGAAAACGGUAGACCACUUCGGGAAGCUUGAUGUUUUAGUGAACAACGCCGGAAUAAUAAGGAAAGCUUCUGUUGCUGAUUCAAAUAGUUUGAAAAUAUACGAUGAAGUUAUGAACACAAAUAUGCGCUCCAUCGUUCAGCUGACCAGUCUGGCUGCACCGUUUCUAGUGGCAACCAAGGGGAAUAUAGUAAACGUGUCAAGUGUAGCAUCAACGAAACUUCUUGAAGGUUUAACGGCGUACUGCGUGUCAAAGGCAGGCCUAGAUCACUUCACUCGCUGCGCCGCCUUAGACCUGGCGGCUUCUGGUGUGAGAGUUAACAGCGUGAACCCUGGCCCGGUGAGGACGGACUUAGCUGAGAAUGGUGACCUCAUGAAUCUCAUGAUGCCUGGAGCUGGCGAUGCGGCAUGGUGGGAAUAUAUGAAGACAAUGACGGCUUUGAACAGAGUGGGGGAGCCAGAGGAAAUCGCUGAUGUUAUCGCGUUUCUAGCCAGCGAUAAAGCGAGGAGCAUCACCGGUUCUACCUACGUCUCAGACAAUGGUCACACGUUGAAGUGAAGAAAUAAUGUAAAAUGUGA